CAGCGGCGCAACUUUCCUUCUGCUGCCGUUGCGCGGUGUUGUCUCAGAGGUCCCAGCACAGGCGCUGCUGGCGGCCCAUCGUUCGACGUUGCCAUCGAACACACCGGACGCCCGAUGCCGUGGCCUCGCCGGGAACGUGGUGCAGCGGCCGCUAAACGUGCUCGUCGAGCGACAGCUGCUACGGAAUUCCGUGUUGUGCGUUGCGCGCCUCGCAGCGCGCGCCGUCGGAGGUGUACGCAGUGGUCCAUGACUGCAAAGGCACACGUGAUCGCGCUUGUAAGCGCACUGGAACGCGCCGUGCCGAAUGAUUCUACUACGUCGGCUCCGACACCGAUACAAGCGAUAUUCUCCGCGCUUCGCUGGCGUCGCUGACGUUAGAACGAGCGGCCGAUGCUGUGGCGAAACCUCGGCGCGCUGCCGAUAAGGAAGCUCGGCCCCGAUAGGAGCGUCAGAACGAAGUCCACGCCGCGUGGGGGGAUGGAUAAUCGGCGCUGCCCGAGAUGAGUAUAUGACAGCGUAGUGUCACGCCGAUUAGGCGCGUCUCGCUGUUUUCGAUGGCUUCUGCCGCGAAGCCAGCCGCCCCCGGGAGGCGGGCGAAGGUCGGCGUCAAGACACCCCGUGGAGAUCUGCUGCUCGAUCUUGAUCUAGAUCUGCCACUGUCUACCAUCGUCGAGGACGUGUGCCAUGACGUAGGCAUUGCCGACCCCGACCUCUACGCGAUCAAGUACGACGGCAGCGAAGUGUACGUCUUCGACACCAACAGGCAGGACAUCAGAAACGGCGACAUGCUCCAACUGGUCCGGAUGCCGAUGAACAAGAACGAGGUCGUCGAGAAGCUCAGCUCCGGCACACCGGACGAGAAAGCGGAAGCUUUGCAGGCGCUGCUGAUCCUGGCUGCGGAUCCCGAUUCAGCCGUCAUGUUCAUCGCCCGCGACGGCCACAGGAGCAUUGUGAACUGGAUCGAAGUGGGCGUGUACAAAGGGAAUCUGCUUUGCCGAGCUAUUCAGUGCCUUCAGGGUUUGAUCGAUCAGAGCCUGAUAACGUGGGAGAUACUGUCGAACAAGUGCUUGAGCAGGAUACUAAAGGAGACGAACUGUGCCAACGGAACAGAUUGGAAUAACGUGGAAGUUUUCCUCAGCGCGCUGGAAUGUGUGGUAACGAGUAACCCGUCUGCGUAUGAAACUGUUUUCAUGGGCAUGCCCUGGGAGCGGUAUGCGUUGUUGAUGCAGGAAGGUUCAGUGGUGGUCAUGAGGAACUGCGUCAUGCUAUUGAACGCUCUCUUCGCUCAAGGCAACCCUGGUAACAGGGACGCCCUUAAGAACGCCAUCAGUAACUGGAAAAUAAAGAGCGUCGUGUGGACGAGGCUGAAGAACUACGGACAAGUCGAUGCGGAGUUGGCGCACGCGCUACACGUCUUUCAAGCCCAGAUGCUCGGCUUGUACGAGCGACUACGGAAUGCCAGCGUCGACACCGAAGACCUAGCUCUGAAUGGCAAGGUCGACAUUCUCUUGAAGCUCGCGCAGAGCGGUUUGAAGUCGGACGACGCCAGGUAUAAGCAGCUGGACUGCAAACGACGCCUGUCGAUCCACCACACCGCCAUGGGACUCGAGGACGUGAGUGUUCCGCUGAAUGACUUCGCGAAGCCGGCGGGUAGACUUGCCAUAGAGAACCUCUUGUACUUCGCCGACAAGUACAACUUGAGCUUUACCACGGCGAUUCAGGAGAAUCUGUUCAGCUCGUCCGAGCACAUGUGCCCCUUGGUCGAGAGCAGCAUCCUGCUGACCGAGCUCUUGUGCCGCGUGUUCAGGGUCGGCCAGCCGGCUGGCGACGACGGCACGUUCAUGCUCAUGUACUUCUCCCACGAAUGCUUCUUCGAGGAAGUGUUCAGCGUGUGCAUGCUACUCGUGUUCAAGACGUGGCGCGAAAUGAAGGCGUCGAAGGCGAGCAUCCGCAAGGUCUUUGGCAUUGUGAACGAGCAGAUUGUGCGGGCGCUCAGGCUCAAUCCCCACUGCCUGGACAUCAACGGCUUCCGCACGACGCUCUCGUCCCUGCCUUACUCGGAAAUCCUCAAACAACUGCAGCGAGAGAACGACGAACGCAAAGCGUCCGAGAGACAGUCUCGAGCCGUGAACCAGCUGAGGGAUUCCUUCCGCGCCGAAAUCGUCUCCUUAGUGAACGAGAACCGUAUCAACGUUCUCUGCAAUGGAGCCAGGUUCCAAAAGUUCGGAGCCAAGGGGAACCGCAUCAAGGACGGUUACGUUUUCGUCAAGCUUUCACGCAACUUAAAGGCCAUUCACUACGGCGACUGCAACGCCACCUGUGAGGACGUCGACAUCGAGGAACUGUGCGAGAGCAUCUUGGUAUCGGACAUCGAAGCGAUCAACACUGGCGCGUCUUGCCCUCACGCGCGCAAGGCAGCCAGGCAGAUCGUAGACCUGGCUUUUUCAGUUGUGGUCUGUGGCGAUGGCCAGCCGCUCAAUCUGGUGGCUCCCAACGCGAAGGUGUUCAACCGGUGGCUGGAUGGGCUGGACGUCCUACUAGGCAACACCGCGAGCAGCAUCGAAGCGCGUGGAGACAUGGGUAUUCUGUUGGACAUGGAGGUUCGGCUUAGGCUUCUGGAGACCGAGGGCAUCCACAUCCCCGAGACGCCUCCUCCAGUUCCUCCUCCGCCGUCGAACUUCGACUUCUCCUCGAGGUUUUUCGGCAGCUUGUGAAACCUUGUCGUGUGACGUGUGACUGCUGGUGCAAUCCUUUAUAACCAGCUGCUGUUGUGUGAUAUGAACUAGUCUCGUUCGAACCAUUCCUACAGCAAAGCUAUAGAGCUUCGCCAUAUUGGGUCACAGCGCAGUCCACUUAUAAAGGCAGUAAAUAUCACUGACCAUAUCAAAAUUUGUGCCGUUACUAUGCAAAAAAAAAAAAAAGCCGCAUAUUGCGAUUGUACAGUGAUCGCAAAUCAUCGGGGAUGACUAUAAUCCGGCCUUCUAAACGGUGUUUUUUUUUUGUUUUGUUUUGUUUUAUUCGGGCUAAAUGGUGCCGCGCUUUCUCGACGCUCUUCUAUAGGUGGUUGGUUUCCACCACCCAGUUUCCACGUUCACAAACAUUUCUAUCUACCAACUUGCAGACUGUGCGAAUAUCCUUUAUCAUUGGACUGCGCUAGGCUCAGCAACCGCUGCCUAUUGCGGAGUUCCCAUUGCUGACAACCUCGCUGCCAGCGAGGCAAUGCAAACUCUGAAGUGUUUGAACUCCGAAGUGUUUGCCCUACGGCUGCCUUCAACCAAGUUCCUCCUGCAACUAAAGCAAUGCACAGUCAACAAUUAAUGAAGUUCAGCAUCUGAACGAGUCAAAGUAAGUCGCCGCGUUGUGGACAUGCUAUAUAAAUAAUUUCGAGUUAUAUAUACGACC